AAAUUUUAAUUUUAAUUAAUUUAAGAAAAUGGAUUUUCGAAAUUUAUGUCAAAAAAUCGAUAUGGAUAGUAUAAAAGCAAAGCUGCCAGCAAUGCCAGCAAUACCUGCAAUAUCGCAAAUUAAAAUACCAAAAUCAAUGUCAAAACUUAAAUCACGUAAAAUAUUUAGAACUUCACGCGAAGAUGUAACAAAAGACACGCCUUCAAAGCAAAUGCAGUCAACAGAUCAGCAACAAAUGCCUCCAUCAAUACCGCCUUCUGAUUUUAUAGAUCACACACCACGACGUAUUUCGACAAUAUCCUCAUUAAUGCAUCAGGAUUCAAAUGAAAAUCGUUAUACUUAUCGUAGUGCCUGUAGCGUUGAUGAUGAUUAUCCCUCACCCACACAAUUCAAUCAACGUUUCUCUCGCCCCAUAAGUCCUAUUCAAACGCCUGCAUAUGCCCCAGAAACUAUUCAAAGAACAACAGAUGUUGCUAGCUCUACUACUAGUGUGAAGAUGACAUUUACAGAAAAACUACAAAAGGGUUAUAAAGAUAUUUCAGAAUUUAGACUAAAACAUAUUUUUGCUAAAAAAACUGUGAUACGGAAAGAUACAAUAGAAGUAAAUCACUAUGUGCAGCGUUACGAUGAGGAGAGACAACUUGAACAGCAAGAAGAAGAGUUACGUGAUCAGAGUAUUUCUGAUAAUUAUCGUUUUAAUUUUAAAAUUUCACGUCAAAAUACCGGGCACAGCAAUAGUAUCAGUUCCAAUGAUUCCACAGCAUCAGAGUCAAAAAAGAAAGCCCAACAAAAAUCAAAAAGUGUUGGUGAACAAAGUGGUGAUGAAAGUGGUAUGGAGGUAACACCACCAAUACGGCAAGCCGGUAUAGCAGCUACUCGAUUUGCUAAGGUGCGAAACCCACCUCUCAGCUUAAGUAUGUCUGAAGAAAGCAUCUCCAGUACGAAAUAUGUUCAUGCUGAAAAUGUAUAUAGUUCUAAUAGUCCCAUCACUAAGCCUACUCCACCAAUCUCAGAAAAGACAUUAUAUGAUGUUGCAGAAAACGAGCCCAGAAAUCAAGAACACAGAAAAUAUAUGCGUCGUGCUGCAAGUAUAGAUUCAACGCCCGAUGAAUCAGGUACCGAGUCACCAUCUGCAACUGCCAGUGGUGGUACAAAUAUUAUUACACGUUUAAAGAGUUAUGGAAAAUCUAAAAAUCCGAAAGAAAACGUCACAAAAGCGCCAGUAACACCACAGCAGUCUUUAGAAAAAACAGAUAAAACUAAUGGGAGUGAAAAUACUUUUACUAACAUAAAACAAAACCUUAAGAAAUUUAGUAAAUCUAUUAAGAGACAACAAACAACUACAGAGAAUCCGGAAAAUGAAGAAACAACAAAUAAAGAAAAGAAAGAAGGAACAAAAACAGUUCAGUUUAGUCUUCGCCGCUUCAAAACACAGGAUGUUUCGGCUGAUGAUACAGAAAAUGAAUAUCCUAAACAAGAAGAGGAAAAGUCUCCUAAACGCCAAACAAUCACAAGCAAAUUAGAAAGUUGGAAAAAUAGUUUUAAAAAAUCUGGAGAAAGUGGUGCUCAAUCUGACACAGAAAGUAACUCAAAAAGACAAAGACAAAGACGUAAAGGUACUGUUGUUAAAAAGUUUAAAAACGCACGACUACGUAAAACCCCUACUUCGGACUAUGGUGAAACAGAUGAUGAGGGAUCUGGCGCAACGAGCGGUAAAAGUCGUGCAGUUACAAAUCUACAAGAGAAAUUUGAAUACGCCAAAGAAAAAACUUUGAAAAAAGUAAAUGAACAAAUGCAAAAUAUCAAGUUCUUUCACAAGUCGCAAGACCAAACAGAUAAAGACUCUAACAAGAAAAAUAGUAAGAAAAAUAAAAAUGAAAAUGAAACAGUUUCUAAUAUGGAACCAAAAAUUGCAAGACGUGGCUAUGAUGAUGAUUACCAAUACCGUUCGGAGCAGGAAGACCUAGAUGAAUCUGAAGAAGAAAUCACCACACAAAAAACACGUACCGCUUGGACAACAAGGUCAGUGUUAUCUGAUUCAAUGGAAUCAGAGCUUGAUGCAGAGUUUCCACGCGUACUAAUACAUCAAGAUAACUCAGAUGCAUUUGAAUCUACAUUAAUAAUAGCAGUUACACGUCCAGCAGUAGCAUCUCCUACUCCAAAAAUAGCAGAAAUUUCAAAUGAAGAAAAAAUCGAACCCAAAGCACUUGAAUGGGUAUCUAAUGAAGAAAUAAUAUCCGGUUUAAAAAAUAUAACACCGUCAUCUAAACGUAGAAUGUCUGCAGAUGCUGUGGUACCUAGGCCACGUAAACAUACACGUCAACUAUCUGUAGAUUCGAAUUCAGAUUCUGAUUCUUGGAUACCGGAAGCCGUACGCGCUAAACAACAGAAUAGAAGUCAAGAAAGCUUACGUAGUGCAUCAGGUGCUGGCUUAAAUGUUAUAUCUGAAAAAGAUGAGGCGUGGAAAGUGCAGGCGACAGUGCGAGAUGAAAAAUUAUAUAAAACAAAAAGUAUUGAUAUUUUUGAGAGAAAUGUAAAGCAAGGAGGACUAGUUACCGCAUUCGAAGAUUUUGAUGAUGAGUUAAAAAAUGAGCCAGUAGUUAAAAUUGGUGCUAAUAACUUAGAUAGUUCCGAAAAAGAUAGCAGUGAAGAACCAGAUGAUGAUAAUUCUUCAAGGGUAACAAAAAUUUUAGCAGAUAAAAAAUCAGUACAAAUGCCAGUAACCAAAGAAGUCAAAGCAAACCCAGAACAAAAAAUAUUAAUUUCCAAUAGUAGAGAAAGUUUAAUUGCUAACUUUGAUGAAAAUGAAGACAUGGAAUUUGAUGUUGAUGAUAAUGAUCGGCCACCAUCUGCAGCACCCUCCCCACCGCCAAUAAUAUCACUUCCGCCACCACCAUCAAUUUCUCCACCACCACCACCAAUACCGCAAAGAAUGCCAUCCAUAAGAAUGUCUAAAAUAACGAAAGACACAAAUGAAGUAGUGCCACCAUUACCAUUAACAAAACCACCAGAGCCUCUUACUGCGCAGCCACCAAUAAUACCCGAACGUACAGUUUCUAUGGCACGCAUUGCAAAACCAUUAGUGAAAACUUCAUCAUUAAGAUUAACUUACGAUGAACAAGUUAAUCCGAAUGAUGUAGGAAAAGUAAACAAAUUGAUCUCACGUUUCGAACACAAGCCAAAAACUAGAGAAAGAAAUAAAAUUGUGACAAAACAAUUAAUACAUGGAGACUCCGAGUAUUAUUCAGAUGAAGAAGAGGAAAUGGAAGAGGUUAUUAUUAGUGAUGUACAACAACAAAUAAAUACAAUGGUGUUUAAUACAUAUGAUGAAGUAAAUAAAAAUAUUUUAUUAGAUAAUGAUACUACUCCAACGCCAACGCCAACACCCACAAACAAAACAAAAAUCCACAAAAAAAGUGAAACCGAAACAUGUACUCAAAAUAGUGUACCAACGAAACGUAUGGCACCCAAGCCAGAGUUAACUACGCAAAAAUCGAACAAAAUAAUACCAACUGUAAUUACAACCCAUGAUGAUGAACAAAAUAUUAUCAUAGAUAAUAGAAUGGAUCUUAAAUUACCAACGAUUUCAAUAAGUGUGGACAGAAAUUAUAAUUACAGUCAACCAAGUUCAGAAUAUGGUUCGCCGUUAGAAUAUCCCUCCAGUUUAAUCGGUUCAACUGAAACGACACCAACACCAGAUAGAAGACAAGAAAUACGUGUUGUUUCACGUACCAGUAGGCGCUCAAUGGCAAGAGAUGACGAAAAAUUUCAUUCCUUCGACAGCGACGAAGAAAACAGUUAUUAUUCCCUUAGUUCAUCGGGCAGCAGCCGUUACAUUGUAGAUAUUUAAAUACGUAUAGUAAAACUAAAAGAAAAUUUGUGCUAAAAUACGAAAGAUGUUAAAUAAAAGUAAUAAAAAUAGCAAUUUAAUGCUGUAGAAAAUACUGAAAUGUAACCUUAUUUGUUAUAUGUCAAUAUUGGUACAGCCAAUGAUGUGUGAAAACCCUAAUUGCGGCUUCGCAAAAUGAGUCAUAUAAUUCUGCUUCACUUUACCUUAAGUGCAGGGAGGAA